CGUGCAAUCUCUGUCUGGAUCUCCGGCUAAUUUUCAAGUUUAUACUGCAUUAUUAAAGCCUCAUGAAAGAAUCAUGGCUCUUGAUCUCCCUCAUGGUGGACAUCUUUCACAUGGCUAUCAGACUGACACAAAGAAGAUAUCUGCAGUUUCAAUAUUCUUUGAGACAAUGCCAUACCGCCUAAACAAAAGCACUGGCUACAUUGACUAUGAUCAGCUGGAGAAAAAUGCCACACUUUUCAGGCCAAAACUAAUAGUUGCUGGUGCUAGUGCUUAUGCACACCUCUAUGAUUACGAACGCAUUCGCAAGGUCUGCGACAAGCAAAAAGCUAUUAUGUUGGCGGACAUGGCACACAUCAGUGGGUUGGUUGCAGCUGGUGUCAUCCCUUCUCCAUUUGACUAUGCUGAUGUAGUGACAACCACAACCCACAAGUCACUUCGUGGGCCACGUGGUGCCAUGAUUUUCUUCAGGAAAGGGGUGAAGGAGAUAAAUAAACAAGGCAAAGAGGUGUUUUAUGACUAUGAAGACAGAAUCAACCAGGCUGUCUUUCCUGGACUUCAGGGUGGUCCUCACAAUCACACAAUUGCUGGGUUAGCAGUUGCACUGAAGCAGGCUACAACUCCAGAAUACAGAGCCUAUCAAGAGCAAGUUCUAAGUAAUUGCUCAAAGUUUGCAGAGACUUUGGCUCAGAGGGGUUACGAGCUUGUUUCUGGUGGGACUGAGAACCACCUAGUUUUGGUGAAUUUGAAAAACAAGGGUAUUGAUGGUUCCAGAGUUGAAAAGGUGUUGGAAGCUGUUCACAUUGCAGCCAACAAAAACACAGUCCCUGGAGAUGUUUCUGCCAUGGUUCCUGGUGGCAUCAGGAUGGGAACCCCUGCUCUCACUUCCAGAGGAUUCAUUGAAGAGGAUUUUGCUAAAGUUGCUGACUUCUUUGAUGCUGCUGUAAAGUUGGCUGUGAAGAUAGAGGAAGAAACAGCAGGAACAAAGUUGAAAGAUUUUUUGGCAACAAUGCUGUCCAGUGCUCCUGUUCAGUCUGAGAUUGCAAAGCUCCGACAUGAUGUUGAGGAGUAUGCAAAACAAUUCCCAACAAUUGGAUUUGAGAAAGAAACAAUGAAAUACAAAAUCUAA